AUGUCCGCUCCAACCCCGGACCAGAUCAAAACCCUCGAACAAUCCCGCCAACGGCUGGCACAACUCACGCGCUCCCUAGCCUCCCUCAUCACCAGUCUCAAUCAGAGCGACCCGCUUCCACCCUGGUCCUCCCUCCAAUCCCAAGCCAGCAUCAUCUCCAACAACCUCCUCAGCGUCUCCGAACACCUCUCCGAGAACAACGCCCUCCUGGGUUCUCUCGUCGCCUACCCAGGCCCCUCCUACCCGGGCCGUACCCAAGCUAACACGCUCGAGCAACUCCUCCGCACAAAACUCGAUCCCCGCGUUGAAGAUUGGGUCGCGCGCGGUCGCAAGGCGGGCGACUCGGCGCUGCAGGACACUGCGGGGCUGAGCGAGUCGCAGUUGGCGGAGCUGUGGCGCUGGGCGCCCGUGGAGGCGAACCAAGAGGCGAGGGAGCGGAAUUGGGGUGGGAAUUUCACGCUGGAGGAGAGGCAUCUGGGCGUGCAGAAUGUGGUGACCGGGUUGAAGCGCCAGUUGGAGGAUGAGGAGCCCGGGAGGUCCGAUGAGGAAGAUGAAGACGAGGUCGAGGAUGAGAUGGAGGUGGUCGGUGUUAGGAGGAAGUCAGGCGCCGGGAGUGGCUUGGAGUUUGAUAUUGCAGCUGCGACGCAUCAGAAACCGACGGGGCCGGUCGUGCCGUUGAAUGAGAUCUUGAGGUUCAUGACUACGGGGGCGCCGCCGGGGCAGCGGUGA